GUCAAAUGUCCCAUUCUCGAUCAGCUUUUCUCUAUUAUGAUUACGGUUUAACUCUUGACGAGGAAGUUGAACAUAUAUGGGGGAUGAAUUUUAGCUCAUCCACGUUGCUAUAUAUUCUCUGUCGUUAUGCCAUGCUUGCAAACCUGCUUUAUCUUCUGGCCCAUUUGAACAAACUCGGACUGAGGUAUGUUUAGGAGGCACCGAAUACUAUGACUAUAACCAAGCUGGGUGCUAUUAGUUGCGAUACUUGGUACAAAAUUAUUGCCUCGCUUGCUGUUUUGGGCCGAGCCGCUGUGAUUGUGACGUUUACACUACGAACAUAUGUCGUGUGGGCACAGAGCCGCAUUGUGUUGAUAUCGCUGGUCAUGCUUGGUCUGGCCACGGUGUUAACUGACGCGAUGUAUGUGCCACGUCAAACCUGCGAAAAUACCAGAGGAGACACGGCAACGUUUGACUUGGUCCGCUCAUUUCUGACUAUCAGUUUUGAAACACUUUCUGCGACUCUCAUCCUCAUUCGAAGUCUUCAAGCAUUUCGGAGAGGCUCAUACUUCAAUCAGUAUAAAUUGAUACAUUUCUUGAUGCAAGAAGGCGCUGUAUACUUUUGUAUUGUAUCAUUAUUCACAAUUGCUACAUUUGUUUUGAAGUUGUCAACCGAGUCCAAAUACCUCCAUGAUCUUCUCAACGCUUUCACUCUGCCGCUAUCAGGUCUCCUGACUGCUCGUUUCCUUCUUCACCUUCGUGCUUGGAAUAAAGCACGGAGUUCUGCUACCACUGCGAUAGAUAUCGACCCGGGCCAGAACGAACCAGAUCCCGACUGGCCUGCUUCUUCGAUAUCCAGCUUCGGCAUCCAAUCGGUGUCGGUCACUGCAAGCCUCAAUUCCGAACUUACAUCUGCUUGGAUAACCACCGCAGAAUAUGGGGAGGACCCAAUGUUGAAAGUGCCUGUCCCAACAUGACUCUGUUGUCAAGUACAGUAUCUAUACCUCGAUUUUAUGUAUGUAUAGCAUUAUGAACGAUUUGUGUCUCGUUAAAUUACCUAUGAAAUCGGUUGAGUUCCUUAAAGAGGCUUG